AUGAAUUCAGAUGUAAACGUCUCCCCAGAUGUGGUGGCUGUAUCUGUUCUUUUCAUCCUUCUCAUAAGGUUUUUUACCAGACACAAAAAGGACGAUAAGGAUCAAGUGGAGUUUAUUGCUGGGAAAACUAGUCUUGGGGAUGCUGUUGAUGGAGCAAUCAAAAUUUUCACUGUUGCAGUCACGAUUGUUGUUGUUGCGGUUCCAUUAGUUGUCACAUUAACGCUAGCAUACUCGAUGCGAAAAAUGAUGGCGGAUAAAGUGUUGGUUCGGAGGUUAUCUGCUUGUGAAACAAUGGGUUGUUAUAUAUUUGUUGAUUAA